AGAGAGAGAGAGAGAGAGAGGAGUUUAAACUAAGAGCUAUGUUUUGGGACGGACUAAUCUGCUACAGAGCAGUGUGAGGAUCGGAACGCAUUGUGUGAGCGAGUGUGUGGAGGACAGAUAAGGAAAGAAGCCCAGCAGACCGACUGCUUGUUUUAAUGUGCUGACUCUGGGGAGCUAAAAAAAUUGACUCUUCUGUCGUAUGCCGUGAGCCAGGGCACUAGCGCCACAUUUAACAGAGGUGCACCAGAAAACAGAGCGCAAGAGAGGAGAAAAUACAUCCAACCAGACAGCACAUAUAGAGGAUUUCUCCUUCCUUUUCUUCUUUUUUUUUAAUCUGUUCAUUUUUCUUUCUUUUUUUCUCGGGACUGACUCCCAUUUCCUGCAGAGCAAAAGGAGCCGUAGAGCUACGAGAACACAUAAAAAACCGACACAAAAAACGAGACGGGCGACAAGAAACAAACCACCAACAACAAGAUGUUUGAAAUCAGCCGAACACUGAACGCUGCUUUGUUGAGCAAUGAGUGUCUGAAGAUGAUGGUAAGGUGUUCACAGAACUCGGCAGUAGCCCAGGCGGAAGACUCAUUCCCAGGCAUGGGCUCGCUGCUUUUCCCCCGAGAUCCAUCAAGCCAACUUGGGGCCAGGGAGCUGGGGGGAUCGACAGAGACUCAGUGGCGUCAGGCAGACCUGCCGCAGCUCCAGGGCUGGGCCGAGAAGGGACUGCUGACACAGCCAAAGAUGAUAAUCAGCAACAUGGAGCCUCAGGUGACGAACGGGCCGAACUCCGCCACAGCCAACGGUCCCUCCAGCAACAGUCGCAGCUGCCCCUCGCCCAUGCAGACUGGCUCUAAUGACGACAGCAAGACUAACCUCAUCGUCAAUUACUUGCCUCAGAACAUGACCCAGGAGGAGUUCCGAAGCCUCUUUGGCAGCAUCGGCGAGAUCGAGUCUUGCAAGCUGGUUCGAGACAAAAUCACAGGACAGAGUCUCGGCUAUGGUUUUGUCAACUACAUUGACCCAAAAGAUGCAGAGAAAGCCAUCAACACGUUAAAUGGACUCAGACUUCAGACCAAAACUAUUAAGGUGUCGUAUGCACGGCCCAGUUCAGCUUCUAUCCGUGACGCCAACCUGUACGUGAGCGGGCUGCCUAAGACCAUGACCCAGAAGGAACUUGAACAGCUCUUUUCCCAGUACGGACGGAUAAUCACCUCCCGCAUUCUAGUCGACCAGGUCACAGGUGGCUCGCGGGGUGUGGGCUUCAUCCGCUUUGAUAAGAGGAUAGAAGCUGAGGAGGCCAUCAAGGGUCUGAACGGACAGAAGCCCUCGGGUGCCGCCGAGCCCAUUACGGUGAAGUUUGCCAACAACCCCAGUCAGAAGACCAGCCAGGCGCUACUGUCGCAGCUGUACCAGUCCCCCAACCGGCGCUACCCUGGACCACUUCACCACCAAGCGCAGAGGUUCAGGCUGGACAAUUUGCUUAAUAUGGCCUAUGGCGUUAAGAGGUUCUCUCCCAUCACUAUUGAUAGCAUGACCAGUCUAGUAGGAAUGAAUAUCCCAGGUCACACGGGAACGGGCUGGUGCAUCUUCGUCUACAACCUUUCGCCAGACUCGGACGAGAGCGUCCUGUGGCAGCUCUUCGGACCGUUCGGCGCCGUCAACAAUGUCAAGGUGAUACGCGACUUCAACACCAACAAGUGCAAGGGGUUCGGAUUCGUCACCAUGACGAACUACGACGAAGCGGCCAUGGCCAUCGCCAGUCUGAAUGGGUAUCGAUUGGGUGACCGUGUCUUGCAAGUGUCUUUCAAGACCAGCAAGACCCACAAGUCCUGAACUCCCUUUCCCAUCACUCGUGUAGCUCCUUACAGCUCCUCUAUUACUAAAAACCCACCUCUGCCCACUCAGCUACUCAAAACAGGAACACCCAACCAACAAACCCACAAAAAAGAACUGGAUAUGGCUUAUAAUAUAACUUUGGACCUAUAAGCCAAUGUUGCCUAAGUAUUACAAAAUGAAAAAUUGAGAAUAUUCAUUAUUUGGAGACCCUGAAAGUGGUACAGGGAUUCUGUUGUAUAUCUAUUUGAGUUCUUCUUGUGGUUGUUGUUUUCUCUCCUUCUGUUUUUCUUGCUUUCUUCUCUUUUUUUCUCUGUAAACAGUAGCAAAACCAGACCGCCCUUAUUUUGAAGAAGAAAAUGUCCUUCUUUAGAUCAAACUCUUUUGGUCUCGAUUCAGGAUUUUUUCUUUCUUUUUUAAAUCCGGAUCCACUGUCGUUAGAAUAACACCUCCCUGGUAAGAAAACGGGAGGGGGCUCUUUUUAAAAAAUAUAUAUCUAUAUAUAUAUAAAUAUAUAUAUCUCUAUCGGUGAUCAUUCAUUCAUUUGUUUUAGUGUAAAUUGUUAGAAAUCCCCAAAAUGAAUCGAUACGGAUGACUCCAUCCCUUUUCUCUAAUGCAGAAGAUGUUUCUAGCAUAGUUUUGGUUUUGUACUGCAAACAAAACACACGUCUGUCCUCACAGGGGAUUGUGGGAAGGGGAGAGGGAAGGGAUGGGCUAGCACCCCUGAUGACGCGUUACGUUGAAAAAACCUACACACACACUGUUGCCAAAGAGAAGAUCUCUUUGCUUGAAAAUGCGUUUAGAAAAAAUGAAAAAAUAAAGAGAAAGAAGUUCUAUUUUUAUAAAGAAUGAUUAAAAUAAUUAUUGAAGAAUUUUUACAAGAAUCUGGAUUUGAAAAAGAGAAAAAUAUUUUGACUGGCUAAUUAGGGACGGGGGGAGGGGUCAGGUGCCACCUUGUCUUGUUCGUUCUGCCGUGGUACUUUUUAGGAUCAAAGGUUGUUUGUUUUUCGGGGAGAACCCGGAUUGGCAAUGGUUUUGUAGAUGGCGGAAUUUAUCAAGGGAUGCAAAUUCAGGCAGGUAAUUUUUCAUAGCAGUAAUUAUUCAACAGCGAUACCCAAUAGGAGAGGAAGAGGGGUCUUCCCAGGCCGAUCACAUCUUCACAGUCAAGAGGCCAGAGCAAGGCCACUCAUUGUCCACUCAUUUCUUUAUUAGGUCAUCAGUCUUUGGGAUAUAAGUAAUAAAUACACACACACACAUACAGUGUCCAUUUGGAAAACAUACACGAUUAUGUUUCGUUCGCUCUCUGAUUUUGAAUUUCUGAUUCCAUUCGAGAUGUACUUCCUUUAGCGAUCAACAGUAGGUGCUAUAUUACAUGGUUCACAUAUCUUAAAUAUCCAACUGUGUUGUUCUUCGUGUUGUUUAGAGAGAAAAAAAAGAAAAUUUCGGUGUUGGCAUUAUAUUAAUAAGCUGCUGUUUUACUUCUUUCGUUGUUGUUUUUGAUUUGUUGGAUUGUCGGCCCCCGUCUGUUCGGCGAAUUUCUCGCAGAGAUCAACGAAUUCGGGCCUUGAAUCACUUGACGAGUUUUCUUUUUGGCUUGCUUACUUCUAGGUUAUUUGCUGAGUGUACAGCGUUUGUCAAACUUCAGCGAUAAUUAGCUAGUUUUGUUAGUCUAGUAUUCGUUUCCUCAAAGGAUCUAUUACGACUGUGUCUUUCUUUGUUGUGUACAAAUAGAUGAUAUAUAGUCAACAUUUUCUGUUACGAUAACUAUAUCUAUCUGAGUUGUCACUGUUUUUCCGUUCGGGGUUGUCUUUUUUCAUAUGAAAAGUGAUGGUUCAGUUACUUAGAAAACUCGUGAGGAAUCUUGUUUAAUAUGUUGUCACGUCGCUUGUGAAGAUAAAGAAAAAACGCGAAAAAAAAGAGAACUGAAAAAUUGGAUCGAUUCAUUUGAUUUACCGCCGCAGCAAAAGAAAUCGAACAAAAAACUUCUUGAGAAAACAUGUAUUUAUUUAUUGACUGAUUGAUUGAUUGUCUCAUUGAUUAAAUUAUUUAUUUAUCUCGAAUAUUUAUUUAUUUGUUAUUCGUUUCUUAUGUUGUCUGUGUUUUUGCGUGAUUCUGGUACAGGGAGGGGGGGGGGUGUUUCUGAGCUAAAGGGAACAAAUGACUAGGGGAGAUGUUCUUCCAUUAGUCCUGCGCACUGAGACAUUUUAGUACGUUUGUGCUUUGUACCAAUAUAUCAAAAUUACAAUAUAAAAAAGUCAAAAACUAAAAAAAUGGGGUUGGUGAGGCUCUUCCCUUAUUAAUAGAAACAGUUACUCGCUAUGCAUAACCUAGCCGAUAGUUCAAUUUGCUAUUGCUUUUUUCUUGUCUUGUUAAACAUAAAUCUUUAAAUCUUUUUCAAUAAAGUUUAGUCUUAAUAGAAUGUUAUAACAGUUGUUCUGGUUCAAUAUAACCUGUGAUAAGUUUGUGUAGUUUUAAAAGCCACUUCCCGCCCUCCCUCCACACACUACAGUUGCUUUGUGAUUAAACUUUAUGCAAAAAUGUGGGUCUGAAAUGUAGUUUCUACGACAUUCACGUCAGGCUUUGCUGCCCUAAUUUGAUCGAUAUGUGUCCGUUGUUUUGGAAUUGUUCAUUGCAUUUGAAAUGUAACCUUCAUUUAAACCAUUUCUACAUUGAUACUCCAAAAAAGCAUUGACUCUGAUUGUACUGGUUGAAGAAAAAAUAGCUAUAAAAGAUCAUAUUUGAUAGAUGACACCUGUUCUAUAUAUUUUCUAAGAUAUAGUCUAUUUUGAAAGGUAAAUUUCUGAAUGGAGAGCUUAGCUCCUGUUGAGAUAAGACCGGUGUGAAUGCUGGAGAGUAAAUAUAAAAAACGCACGCACGAACACUGACACGUUCAUGAACAGUCUUACAUUCCUCCACGUCCUCAGCUACACCUAUAAGGUCAUCCAUCCCUCCUCCGCUCCACCUCUGGGGCGGCGACACGGCCCUUCUCAAACCCCGCCACGGCUGGGAGUUUGAAUUAUGCAACGACUCCAGUAGAAUGUUGUUCUGAUGUACGAACAAAUUUCCUCCAUUACUUCUUCUUUUGGUUGACGACAUCACCCUCCGCAUGUCUAAGUGUCCACGACUGCAAACGCAUGCGUUUAGAACGCGUGCGCCCAUGUUCCAGAGAGUUUGGGGGGGUGUUUGUAACAUGGGAUCGCACCUCUGUGGUGCACGCCCAAAUCGCAGUGUCUCUCCCCCGUAGCGCCUUAUAGUGGCAGUCUGCCAAUAGGAACCCAUCAGCCGGUAGUGUAGGAGGGAAGGCAAAGUGAGGAACAAGGCUCUUGUCAUAAUUCAUUUUCUCCUGAAAUGUGUUUGUUUACUAUCAGAAAAAUCUAUAAAUCUUUAAAGACAAAAAAGAUGAAAAAAAUGUUCACCAGACCAAGCUGGUCUCUCCUACUUGCGUUAUUACUUAUCUAUCGAUUAUUGAUUAUUGUUACUAUGAUUAAUAUUAUUCUCAUUAUCCUUAUUCUUAUUACGAAUCAAAUUACUGCGAUGAAUGACUUCAUGUUAUCCUUGCUAGUUUAGGUCAUUUCUCAAACUGGAAACAAAAUAUUGAAAAAAAUACUUGCUGUAAAUGUUUUUUUCUUUUUCAUAAAACUGUUGUGUUUGAAUUAUUUGUACUUUUGAAUGUUGGGACAAUAAAAUAAGGUGUUGAAAGCUG